AAAAGAUCGUCAGGCUCAAGCACGCAGCUACGAACAUCAAAAAAUAAGAAAAAAAGUUGAAGCACUAAUCCAACAAGAAGGAAAAGUUUCUGAAAAAUCUUUAAGCAUUGCUCGAGAACACAGUUUCCCCAAAGAAAAA